ACCGAAUUCUACGCAAUUGGUCGCAAGUUAACCCAACAACACGAAGAUGUCUGAAUUGUUUAAAUAUGGUCGAACUAGCCGCGGAAACAAAACACUGAUUUAUCAAGGCUAUAAAUACAUGAGACACCGUACAACUGCAAGUUCUGUCACCCACUGGUACUGCGUAAAACGAAGGACCAACAAUUGCAAGUCGAUCAUGCAUACGAAGGGGGAGGAAAUAGUGCAGAACCCGGGCGAACAUACAUGCAACGAAACAACGUCGCCAAAUCAACCGGACAAUGUGGAUAAAUCCACAUAUAUUUUUGAAGUUGAGGAACUUCCAGAUUCCACUGAACAGCUUGACGCUGCAGAUCCUACGAUUAAACUCCUGGUUCAAGAGGUGGCCCAAUCUCUACUGAAGAAAAAUCUUAGUAUCCAAGAGCCUGAUAGUUCAGACUCAAGUCUGAUCAAGUCCAAACAUCAGGCAAAUCUUGAAAUAAACACGUCUACCAAGGAGCCUGAGAAGUGCAGGUCUAGGACUCAAGAGUUGGUUCAAGUACAGCUGGAGGAAAACGAUGAGUUAGAAGUAGCUGCUAUAAAUAUAACAGAGCGGGAAAUCAAUCUAGAGUUGGUGGAAGAGAAGAUAAAAGAAUUUAUUUUACAAGUCAGCAACACUCAAGGGUUAGCUGAAGAUGAGAAUUUUCCUGCUACUCCUGUGAGUAGUGGAAGGAGAGGGAGCAUCGAAUCAAUUGACGUGGAUGAGUUAUGUAACAUUCGGUUGGAGGUGGCACAAUUAAACCAACAGAUAAAGGAAGAAGAACUAAAUUUGAUUAGAAUGAAGGCAAGAAACGAGGAAGAAUGUCACCAGUUGAGAAUGAAAAUCAUGUUACAUCUAUUUAAUAAUCUUUAA